AUGGCAUCGUCUGUACAAAACAAUAGAGUGUCGCAUGCAGGAUAUUGUGUUUGUUGUAGAGUGUGCAAUACGUGGUGUUGGAGAGCUUUCAAAUGGCUCCCUGUACUGUUAAUAGUGUCCAUUAUAGUUUGGUCUUAUUAUGCCUACGUUGUCCAGUUGUGCAUUGGGACCAUAACGAAUACUGUGCAAAUGGUUGUGUAUUUGGUGUUAUAUCACAUUCUCCUUAUAAUGUUCGCUUGGUCGUACUGGCGGACGAUAUUUGCAGAGAUUAAACCAAUACCAGACAAGUACAAACUGCCUGAAACAGAAUUAGAAAAAUUGCUGAGCGCCGAAUCUGAAGAAACGCAGCGGAAUAUAUUGGAAAACUUCUCCAAGGAUCUUCCCAUAGUAACGAGAACAAUGUCGGGCUCAGUCCGCUACUGCAACCGUUGCGUUCUCGUAAAGCCUGACCGGGCGCACCACUGCAGCAUUUGCGGCCGCUGCGUCAUGAAGAUGGAUCACCAUUGUCCCUGGGUGAACAACUGCGUCUGUUUCCACAACUACAAGUUCUUCAUGCUUUUCUUAGGUUAUGCACUGCUCUAUUGCAUCUUCGUUAUGGCCACGUGUUUACCCAGCUUUAUCAAGUUCUGGAAGGGUGAGUUUGGGUCAGCCGCUAGCACGGGACGAUACCACAUCGUGUUCGCUUUCUUCGUGGCCCUCAUGUUCGCUAUCUCACUGGGCUCCUUGUUCGGCUACCAUUGUUACCUAGUCGCCAAUAAUAGAACUACUUUGGAAGCGUUCAGAGCGCCCAUGUUCCGGGGAGGAGCUGACAAGAAUGGCUUCUCAAUCGGUGUCUACAAUAAUUUCAAAGAGGUUUUCGGCAACAGCCCUAAUCUCUGGAUGGUACCUGUCUUCACCAGCCUGGGAGACGGAUGCGAAUUCCCUGUGCGUCGCGAACACCAACUACAGACGUUCACGACACCCCAGGAGACUCAUGGCUACGAGUCUAUGGGCACCACGCGGUCCAGCACGGAGAUGGGCCGCGAGACUGAGAGAUGGAGACUUUGCCCCAGAAAGGGCAGGACCGUCCCGCAAAUAGACGACGAAGAAUCGGAGUCGCUGCUGAGCUCCGAGCGGUGGGACCGUUGGGGAGAACGCGCAAGACCCUUCGACGAGCGCGAGAGUUCAUCUUUGGACGAACUAUGA